AUGUGGAGCUCUGCAAUGUCGUGGUUGCGUGUAACUUGCUGCCGGCGUGCAUGGAUGAUUGGGGCAAAGUCAGGUGGUUGCUGGUGGGGCAGAGGAGGGGGUGCACGUGAUUGGGGGGUUUGGGUAGCUACCAUAGCUAGGUUGCGUGUAACUUGUUGUCGACGUGCAUGUAUGAUUGGGGCAAAUUCAGGUGGUUGCUGGUUGGGGCAGAGGAUGGUGCACGUUGAUUGGGGGUGUUUGGGAGUUGACCCUGUGGCUGUCUCUCAGCAUGCAAAGGUUAUGAAGACAGUUAGAGAAAAAUCCAAACUGUUUUCGGAAUCUCAGCGGAUCCAAUACACCAUCCAAACGCGGACUCAGGACAUUCCAUAUGCUCGAACAUAUCUAUUGACACUGAAGGAUAUAAGGAUCAAGAGAGGACUCACUGACGACCUUGGUGCUGAGGCAAUGAUGGAUGCUUUGGAUAAAAUCGAAAAAGAAAUCAAGAAGCCUCUUAUGAGAAAUGAAAAGAAAUCAAUGGCUCUUCUUACGGCAGAGUUUGACAAGACCAAUAAGCAGCUUGGUAUCCGGAAGGAAGAUCUGCCCAAGUAUGAAGAACAAUUGGAGCUAAAAAUUGCCAAGGCUCAAUUGGAGGAACUGAAGAAGGAUGCGCUAGAAGCAAUGGAAACACAAACUAAGCGGGAGGAAUUCAAGGAUGAGACAUUGCCUGAUAUAAAGUCAUUGGACAUCCGGAACUUCAUAUGAUAAAUCAAAUUUGCCUUUGGAGGUCAACUUACCAGGUGAGCAAGGACAAGUGUUUCAGAAGUGGAGAAUCCAUUUGUCAAUUUUGCUAUAAUAACAAUAAA